AGAUUUCGGAUUUCCAUUUUUUUCCUAAACUAUUAAUGUGUUAAAACAAAUUAAUAAUAUUUACAUCGGUCCCGUGCAGGAGGCUUUUUUUUCUAAAGAAAUUUUCUUAUCCUCAUCAGUACAACUGGUGUGUGUGUGUGUAUAUUGUUAUAUAUAUACAUAUAGUUUUAUACAUAUAUCUAUAUACAUACACAUACAUUUGUAUAUAGAAAUAUACAUGGAUAUAUACACACACAAACACAUACACAUGUCAUGUCUAUGGUAAACAGGAUUACAUACCCGUAUCUAAUGGUUUUGUGUAGUACAUCUUGCGGUCGAGUGUUCUUAUAAAGGGACUGAGAAGUAAAAGCAAGAAGGAAGUACAUAUUUACAUCUAUAUAUAAAUCAUAUUUUGGUUGCUAAGACUCCGAUGUGACGGUAGAGAUGCCGACCAAAAAGAAACAAACGGAUGGUCCCCGUAAAGGGGCACACCUUAUGGACCAGUUUGGACUUGGUGUAGACACAAAAGAAUUUGAAUCAAUGUUGCAAGGUAACUUUGAUGAUGAUGAUGAUGGCGAUGAUGCAGACAUUCUUGCGGAGUUGGCAGCCUUGGAUGGUGACGUAUCUCCCCCAAAAGUUACUAGAAAUAAAGGUAUUGUCACUCUAUCAGACAUCAACAAGAUGGCAGCAGAAAGUAUGCAAGACAUCCCAAGUGAUGAGGAAAUGUCUGAAAAUGAAGAUCCUGAACUUUUGAAAGAACUCAAUGAGUUAAUGAGUGAUACGUCUAUUCCAACUCUUGCUCCUUCAAUACCAGUUUCUACCUCUGAUCAACUCCCCGUUUCAAGACCAGCUGUCCACCAACAGACAUCCAGUCCAUCUCCAGACUCUGUUACCUUACUAAAAGAUCGUAUGUCCAUGUACACCAGUGCCCUGUCCAAUACAGAUGAAUCAAGUAAGAAAAGAAGGUUGACCAGAGGAAUUAAAACUUUAGAGGAGUUACUGAAAGAUGCAAAAGCAGGCCGUAAAAUAUCAGAGGAUUCUAUCCCACCUCCAGUUUCUGUUCGAAAAAAAGAACCGUCUUCAGUUAAGACUCAAGACCAACCAAUUCCUGUACAAGUUCAGCCACCCUUACCUGAAAGAAAUAAUGUACCAAGACAAGAAGAGUCUCCAAUUAGAUCUGCUGCUCCUGCCCUUCCACCAAGGAAUGUAGUUGAGAAGCCUCCUGGUCAACCACCUAUUGGAGCUGUCCCAGUACUUCCACCACUGCCUCCAAAGUCCUCCCAUGAUACUGCACGCAGUCCAGCACAAUCCCCGUCCUCAUCAUCUUCUUCAAUGCCCAGCACUCACAGACCCCAACCUCCACAGCAACCAAAACCUGUGAGAGUUGAUCAGAUGAAGCAUCCAAUACCAGAAUCUUCUGGAGCAAAUAGUACUCACAAUAUGCUGUGUGAGCGACGGGAUCAAUAUAAAUCUGCUGCUAUGGUUGCCAAGAAGUCUGGUGAUAUAUCAACUGCUACGAAAUAUGCGCAUGUAGCGAAGCAAUUUGAAAACGUUAUCAAAGCCCUUGUGGAGAGCAAACCUAUCGACCUCUCAAAAAUGCCACCUCCUCCUCCAGGUUACAAAGGUUCGACACAAUUCCAAACUCCCACUAAUAAUAACAUCAGCUCCCAAUCUGGCCAUGUCAGUCAAGGUAGUUCUGUCAAAGAAGUUGAUUCAUCUUCAACAAAGGAAGAAAUUCCAAAUCUUUCACCAAGUGCUUUAAAGAAGUUGUACAAGACUCCAGAUGCUCCGUCUUCAGUGGAGGAUGCUCUUCAACAGAGAAUGAAUAAAUAUAGAACAGUUGAAGAAGAAGCAAAAAAAAGUGGCAAUGGUGGUAAAGCUCGGCGAAUGGGGCGUAUUGCAAAGGAAUAUGAAAAUGCUAUCAAAAUGUAUAAAGCCGGGAAAACUGUUAAUUUUGAGGAGUUACCAACACCUCCAGGCUUUCCACCAAUUCCUGUGAAUGAUUCAAAACCACCAUCGUCAUCAACUAGUAGUUCGUCUGUCACCUCAUCGAAUAUGAAGCAGGCUCCUAUGAAACCACCUGCCCAUCCUCCAGUGGCAAAACAACAGCCAGCAUCCCAACAAGAGCUUUCUGAACAAGAAAUUCGCAAACGAGCUUUUGCUCGAAGAAGUAUUUCUUCUAGACAAGAACAACAUAUUGCCUUUUUGAAGGAACGCAUGGCUGAGUACCGCCAGGCAGCAAUUCAAGCUCGAAAGAAUCAAAAUAUGGAACUUGCUAAAGCUUAUCUCCGUCAAGUGAAGGGAUUUGAGCCAAUGAUCGAAGCUGCUGAAGGAGGGUUACCAGUUGACCUUUCAAAGGUACCACCUCCAUUAAUUUCAGAUGAAGACAGGGAGCAAAAAUUUGUGUUUGUAAAUCCUGAAGAUUGUACUUUGUCUGGAGAUCGUGAGGAAGUUUUUAAGAAAUUAAGAGAUAGUCUUGUUUCUCAAAUUCAAAUGUGUUCUACGAACAACAAACAUUUCACAAAACUAGGAGAUGUCUUGUCAGCAUCAAGGUUUCAGACUUUAGAACAAAGUUGUAUCAAAGAUUUGGAUUCUCUCAAAAAUGCUUUACACCAUGGUGACCCUGUCCCAAGGUUUCACUACGAAACUACAACUUUCAGCAUGGUCAAGUGUAACACUGAUCUUGGUGAUAAUGAUUUUGAGCUGAUAGUUGUUAGAGGGAUCAAUUACAAUCCACCAAGCUCAUACUCUCCUAAGGAUUUGGACACCUAUGUAAAAUUUGAAUUUCCAUUUCCAGCAGAUGAUCCUCAAGUACACACCAUUGAAACAGUCAAAAAUACAGAUUCUCCAGAAUAUAAUGAAUCUGUUAGACUACAAAUCAACCGGAAAUCGAGAGCCAUGUUGCGAAUUUUUGAGAAAAAGUCUUUGAAAUUUGAAGUCUUUUAUCGUAGAGGUUUCCUUAAAAGUGAUAAAGUGUUGGGUACAGUGAACAUCAAACUGCAGUCUUUAGAAAGCAAAUGCACAAUCCAUGAUUCCUAUGAUUUAAUGGAUGGCCGUAAGUCAGUUGGUGGUAAACUAGAAGUGAAACUGAGGCUACGUGACCCCUUAAAGAAUAAACAGGUUGAAGAAAUGAAGGAGAAAAUAUUGAUUAUUGACCAGUUCUUGAGAAAAAAAACUGAUGCGAAUGUAUCAGCAAAUGCAACUGCCACUGUGAAUCAGAAAAGCGGUACAGUAUCCAUGGAGGUUCUUAGGUUUGAAAAGCAACAACUCGAUAAACAGAUCUCUCAUCUAAGAGAUAAUUUGAACCAGUCCCAGUUACUAGCCCUCACCAACAAAAGUAAACUGUUACAAGAGAAAUUACUGAGAGAACAGGAAAAUUUCAAAACUAAAGGAGCAGACUAUUGGAAGGCCUAUAUUGCACACAUAGAGAAUGACAUGAAAUCUUAUGCUGUCGAAGCUCAAGUUUUAGCCAAGAGAGGAGACAUACAGAAGGCACAUGUUAUGAUGACAAAGAAGAAACUUGUUGAGAAAGAGAUUGCUGCUCUAAAAAGUCGUAUCCCUGGCGUUUAGCUGUGAUUUCAAACAACUGUUGUUAUAUAAACAGUGAUAACUACAUUAAUUGAUGAC